AUGGAAGUUUACAAAAUUAAUGAAGGAGAAGAUUAUCAAGAAAAGCCCUCUGAUGAACCAAUUCAUGAUAAAUAUGAGACAGAAAUGAUAAAUGAACAAGUCAAUUUUGUCCAUUCCUUCUAUCAAGAUUUAGAAUCAACAAAUUUACAAAUUUCUUCUGAACAACUAUUAAAUUUUGCACGUAUAGUACGUACAGAUUGUCAAGAAAUCUUAAAUUCUUUACAAGAUAUUGAUUUUAUUCCGUUAUUGUUUUCAUUGAUCGAUCAAACAAAAGAUUUUUCUAUAAUCACUCCAGCCUUAAAUUGUAUUUGCUUAUGUGCAGUAAGAUUUGGUAUCGUAGUCUCCGAAGAAUACCUUCAAAUUUUAAUUAACAUAUUUCAAGCUGUUACAAGUGAAGAAAAUAUAGAUAUUUCAUUAAUUUCCUAUUUGUUAACUGCUAUAUCGAUAUGUUCAGAGCAAAAUACACUUAGUUUAUUAACUCCUGAGUUUUAUCAAAAAAUUAUUCAAUUAGCACCACAGCAUAUUGCAUGGCGAAAGGCAAUAUCAAACUUUUUCUGCGAAUUAGCGCCAAAAAUCCAAGAGUUAUCUUCAGAAUCUCCACAAUCUGUUGCAAUUUUUUAUAUUUUAUUAUUUAAAGAUGAAGAAAUAAUAGAUACUAACGCAAAAAUAAUAGGAACGUUACUUAAAAAGCGUUUGAUAUCACUAAAUCAAGAAGAAUUCUUGCAAUUAUUUUUUGAAUAUUUUAAAUAUCCAAACACAAAAAUCUUGACCAUUCUUUUCAACAUUGUCUCUGAAUUAGACGAAAGAGAACUCCCUGUUAUCAAAUCACCGAUUUUUGUUAAUAGAAUUAAAGAAAUUAUUGGAAUCGGAGAUAAUGAUGAAUUUACAAAGCUACAAUGUGCUGCCAUCAAUGCAUUGACAAGAUUAGUUCAAAUAUAUCCACUUGGAUUUAGAAGUCAAUUUAUUGAAGAAGAUGAAAACUCAAUUUUCCCAAUUUUAAUGGACGCUCUUAAUUGUGCUCAUACAAAUAUAAAGAGAUCAAUUGCGGCACUUAUUGGACUAAUAUUCGAUCGAUUUCCUGAUUAUUUCAUGGAUGCAAUAAUGGAAGGCCAAGAACAGAUAAUAGAAGGUAUAAAAUCAGUUAUUUCGCUAGAAGAUGAUAGUACAAUCAUUAUAAUAAAUGGAAUUGUUAAAUUAAUUGAAAGAAAUCCUGAUUUUAAAGAUUCAUUGGUUGAACAUGGAAUUUCUGAACAGAUUGUUGAUAUUUAUGAAGAAACAACAAAUGAAACAUUAAAAGAAGCUAUUGAUGAUCUAGUUAAUAAAAGUUUAGAGAAUGAAGAAUAA